ACCGACUCUCGUCCCCACGACAACUACAAAACUCGGAUUCUCACAUCCCAUACUGUUCAUUCUCCAGAAAACAAAAAACAGAGAAAACUUGAUCCACACCAAAAAUCUUCUGAGAUGAAUUCGGUGACUCUGUAUUUUUGCAUGGAAUAUAAAACAGCAAUUUGAAUUUGGCAGAUAUUCUUCGGUGAUCGAUUGUCGGGAAUUCAUAUAUUAUAAUAGUAAUAAUCUGAGAAGAGAAGAUGUCAUUCAAAAAGCAGCGGGAAAGUACGAUAGAGAAAACAUUGUUACCAGAUGAGCAGCAAGCCAAGAUUGAUGAAGUCAAGAAGAUGAUAGGCCCUAUUGUUGAUAAGCUACCAACGCUUUGUUCAGAAGCAGAAAUAUCAAGGUACCUUAGAGCGCGAAACUGGAAUACAAAGAAGGCAGGAAAGAUGUUGAAAGACUCCAUAAAAUGGAGACUGGAAUACAAGCCAGAGAAGAUUCGCUGGGAAAAUGUUGCUCAUGAAGCAGAGACGGGAAAAAUCUACAAAGCCAGUUACUCUGACAAGUAUGGAAGGACAGUUCUUAUAAUGAGACCUGGUUUUCAGAACACAAACGCGGUAAAUGAACAGAUCUUAUAUUUGGUAUAUUGCAUGGAGAAUGCCAUAAAUUCAAAUCCAGAUCACGAGCAGAUGGUGUGGCUGAUCAAUUUCCAACUAUGGAACACAUCAAGUAUAUCAUUGAAAGUGACUAGGGAAACAGCAAAGGUCCUGCAGAAUCAUUAUCCUGAGAGAUUGGGCCUUGGCAUCCUUUAUAACCCCCCAAAAAUAUUUGAGUCAUUUUGGACGAUGGUAAAGCCAUUUUUUGAGCCUAAAACAUUCAAGAAAGUGAAGUUUGUGUACUCUGAUAACCCACAGAGCCUGAAGACAAUGGCAGAGCUUUUCGAUAUAGAUAAGUUGGAUGCUGCAUUUGGUGGCAGGAAUGCAUGUGGUUUUGACUAUGAAGCCUAUGCACAAAGAAUGAAAGAAGAUGACAAGAAAAUGUGUGAUUUCAUUGAGACUGGUUGUUCUCCAUCUCUUCAACCAUCAAUUAUGUCUGAAUUGCAGCAGUCCAAUUCAGUGGCUUCUGACCCUGGUUCUGAGGGCUCUGAUGAAGCAGCUGGCUUAUCAUCCGGUGACGAAGCACCUGCUGCUUCUUCAAAUAUUAUUGAUGACAAGAUGCAACAAGACCAACCCCGUCAAAAUACCAAUGACGUUGCAAAUGGUGACACGAAGAAACAAAAAUGAGUAAGCCUGCAAAUCAGCACUAGUUUUAGGAUCUAUCUGGUAUGGUGUUGGUCUGAAAAUCUCAGUUUACAUAAUUUCACCUUGAUGUAACCAAGUAAUAGAAAUUUUUAACUUCUUUUACCCUCUAA